AUGCCAUUGCUACACUUUCUAUGCUAUGACUGCUCCACAGACUUCUUGUUGCAAAUUUUGCUCACACACAUACACACAAACCUAGAAACCCCUUAAUUAUUGAAAUUUUUAUAAUAAUUUAGUAAAGAGAGUAAUCAAUAUUUUGUGAACUGAAUGUAAUGUUUUUCCCUGUGUUUUCAGAAGACUCUCAGAACUCAUCUAAGAUGCCACGUGGAAAGGGUUUCCGCCGGUCCCAGGCGGCCAAGAGGAGGAAUGCUGAGCGUUACACACUCGGUUCCUUCAUGGAUGUCAUUGAGGUUAUGCCUCCUUUAAAACAAAAGGCUGCUCCCCACAGCUCUGACAAACAGAGCCAAGAGAACGCUGACAGAGAGAAUGCCGACAGAGAGAACGCUCACAGAGAAAACUGUUUGAAUUGCCGUAAGGCUCCUGAAAAUGUUCCAAACUCUAUCACAAAUGUUCCAAAGUUUGCUACAAGUGUUGCCAAAAGUGUUCCAAAGUCUACCAAAAGUGUUCCAAAGUCUGCCACAAGUGUUACUAAAAGUGUUCCAAAGUCUGCCACAAGUGUUACUAAAAGUGUUCCAAAGUCUGUCACAAGUGUUCCAGUGUCUAGCAAAAGCUGGAGUGAUGUUACCAGAGCUUCACUUGUCAAUAACUCUGGUUAUUUCCCACAGAAAGUCAUACGUGGUUCUUUCCAUCAGGGUGAUGCGCGAUUUGGUUCGAACAGAAACCGUCAGUGUGCAGUGAACAGUAUCACAGCAGUCAUGACGAGUGUGCUGAAAGAUGUGCUGAUGUGGACAACAGAGGACCUGAAUGCUGUUCUGUUGCAUGGAGAUGAGCUGUACACAUCAAUGACACUGCAGGGGCAGAUCCACGAUCGAACAGGGCUGGGUCAUAUUUCUGUUGCAGAAAUGCCAAGACUGCACACACUUGAUAACACAACAUUCUCAAUAAAGCAUGGAGAAUCUUUCUGUGGUGUUAUUGGUGUUGAUGUCUAUGAUGAAUCAUUGCGAGAUGUGUCUAUGUCUAUAGAAGAAGCACUUCAAAGGGCUCUGCUUCAGUAUGAUGCAUGUUUGUUAAACAUUAAACAUUACAUUUGUGCAGUCAUAAAGGCAGGGCCAAUAUUUGCUCUAGUGGAUCCCCAUUCACGUAAUGGUAAAGGUUUACCUGAGCCUUAUGGAAGAAGCAUAAUACUUUACUGUGAUGACAUCUACAUGUUGUUUAAUCAUGUUAGUAGCCUUGCCUUGUCACUGAAUGCCCAGGGAACACAUUUUGAAGUGACCUCUGUGAAAGCAACAGUAAUUGGUAAGACCACAACUAUCGAGGCAAGUUCUAAGUCUGGUCAAGAAGGCAGUGGCGAAUAUGUUUCACAUGCAACCACCGAGAUGGAAAGUAAGUGUAUCGGACGCUGUGGUAAACGCACUCGUGAAGAUAAAGUAGCAAGUCUUACACAUGUUUCAUCUACAAGCUCGGAGCACAAUCAGGAUGAUUUGUGUACACGUUUACGACUGACUAAUGAAAGCAUUGGUGUUGAAGGCACACAUUUUGGUUCUUUAGGAGUACCAUGCAAAACAAUAUCUAUUAAAUCGGAUGGUAAUUGCAUGUUUAGAUCAAUAGCACACUCAGUAUGUGGCAAUCAAGAGAAGCACCUGAUAAUUAGACGUGCAGUUGUGAAACAUCUUGAAGCUAACAGUUCUAAAUUUGAGAGAUAUUUAAGAGAAGAGUAUAGAUCAGUGAAAGAUUAUUUGACACAGUCUAAAAUGAAUUUUUCUGGAACGUGGGGCAGUCAUGUGGAAUUAUUUUGUGCAGCUGACCUUUUAAAAAUAAAUGUAAUGACCUUUAAUGAUGACAGAUGGAAUGCACACAUCCCUACUGAACAGGUUUUUACAGAUAAUGCAAUCUAUUUGAAGCACUGCAACGGAAAUCACUAUGAAGUUGUUACUUGUGUUAAACAUAAACAUCAAGAAAAUGUCUGUUCAAAAGCAUGUAACAUUCAAGUGGAUGAUCAGAGCACAAGUCGCAAUUUGCGAAAAAGGAAAUUAAAUGACACAGAAGAGUAUUCUAAAAGUAAAAGAGAACGUCAGAGAUACCACAGCGACUCCAAUUUCAGACAGAAAAAAAUUGAGAACAUUAGAACGAAAUACUGUGAAGACAGUGAUUACAGGCAGAAAAAGAUUGAGAACAUCAGAACGAAAUACUGUGAAGACAGUGAUUACAGGCAGAAAAAGAUUGAGAACAUUAGAACGAAAUACUGUGAAGACAGUGAUUACAGGCAGAAAAAGAUUGAGAACAUCAGAAAGAAAUACUGUGAAGACAGUGAUUUUAAGGAGAAAAAACUGGAAAAUCUUAGAGAUAAAUAUAAGAACAAUAUCAAUUUACAACAGUCAAAAUGUGAAAGAUCAAAGGAUAAAUAUCAGGGAAACCCGACCUUUAAAGCAAGUGUAUGUGAAUAUUCAAAGAAUAAAUACAGCAAAAAACCCACCUUUAAAGCAAGUGUAUGUGAAUAUUCAAAGAAUAAAUACAGCAAAAACCCCACCUUUAAGGCAAGUGUAUGUGAAUAUUCAAAGAAUAAAUACAACAAAAACCCCACCUUUAAAGCAAGCGUACGUGAAUACUCUAAAAAGAAAUAUCAUGACAAUGAAAAUUUCAGAAUGAGUAUAAUACAAAAAAGAGCUGAAAGUUCUGCAAAACAGAAGGACAGACAGAAAGAUAUUGAUUUUACUAUUAAUCAGUUUCAUCAAGAAGUCAAUAAAGGCCCAGAAUUUGUUUGCAGUGUUUGUCAUCGUUUAUUGUUCAGAAAACAAGUUAUUGAAUGUAAAAGAGAUUGCUAUAAAAUCAGAGGUCAACAAAUUACAGAUUUGGCUGAAAGAUGUAUUACAGAAAAGUAUUUACACAUAUGCAAUACUGAAUGUGAAAAUAAAUGCCAGUUAUCAGGUAAUCCAGCUUGUAAAUUGUGGAUUUGCUAUACAUGCCAUCGUAAAAUUCUGGGUGGAAAAUUGCCUGAAGAGAGUAUUGCCAACAACAUGCAUCUGGUGGACAUUCCAAAAGAACUAAAAGGUCUAAACUCAUUGGAGGAACAUCUUAUUGCACGCAAUAUUCCUUUUAUGAAGUUGCUUUGUCUUCCACGUGGAAAACAGAAAGGCUGUCAUGGCCCAGUCGUCACCGUUCCUGUUAAUACUGCAGUUGUCUCAAAUAUUCUUCCACGUAAUGAAUGUGAUGAUCACAUGAUAAAAAUAAAACUCAAACGGAAAUUAACAUAUAAAGGCCAUUAUGAAUAUAAAUAUGUCAGCACUGAUCGUGUCAGACAUGCACUGUCUUAUUUGGUGAGACAUAACAAGUGGUAUAAUGAUGUGGAGUUUAAUGAGCAGUGGAUAAACUCUUUGAAUGCAGUUGAUGAAGUUGAGAAUUGUGAUGACGAUUUUGAAAUGGAGGAACAAGAUGUAACAGACAAAAAUGAAGAUGACAAAGUAGUUCAAGAUGAUCCAGAAGAAGACAUAACAUAUAUUAAAGAACAAAGUGGUCUUUUGUCAGAUACAUCGCUGCAACCUGUUGAUCUGGGUUCAGAGAUAAUAGAUCAACAUUUUCAUGAUGUGCUGAAUGUAGCACCAGCUGAAGGUAACAGUCCUAUUAGACUGCUAUCCGAUAAAUCCAAUGAGGCAAAGUGUUUCCCUGUUCUCUAUCCUAUUGGUGGCCCGACAUUCCAUGAUGAAAGACCAGAAAAAAUCACAUUGUCAAGAUACCUGAAUGCAAGAUUACUAAAUGCAGAUGGACGUUUUGCACAGAGCACAGACUUCAUUUUUUAUGCACAAUAUUUAUCAGAACUUGAUCAAAUUGUAUCCAAUGUCUCAAUUGCACUGAGGAAAGGCUCUGAGAAAAAUUGCUUAAAAGUAACAGCAGAUAUGCUAACAAACUCUGAUUCCUUGAAAAGAAUAUUAAAUUAUGAUGAAGGAUAUAAGUUCUUAAGACCGGUAAGAGGGACACCUCCCUAUUGGAUGUCUACGCAAAAAGAUCUGUUUGCCCUAAUUAGACAACUAGGCAUACCUACUUUUUUUGCAUCUUUUAGUUCUGCUGAUCUGAGAUGGCCUGAAAUGUUGAACACUAUUAUUAAGCAAGAGGGCAAACAAAUAAAUGUCGAUGAGCUUGACUGGUCUGAAAAAUGUGGACUCAUAAGACGAAAUCCUGUCACUGCAGCAAGGAUGUUUGAUCACAGAUGGCAUUGUUUUCUAAAAAAUGUCAUAAUGUCUCCAGCAAAGCCUAUCGGCGAGAUAAAAGACUACUUUUAUCGUGUUGAAUUUCAACAACGUGGUUCUCCUCAUGUUCACUGUCUGUUUUGGGUGGAAAAUGCUCCGAAGCUCAAUGAUCAUGAUGCUGACAAUGAUGCUCUGGUUGCUGACUUUAUUGACACGUACAUCACUUGUGAGACACCACCAGAAAAUGACACUGUACUUUACGAGACAGUGAACAGUGUACAAAAGCACAGUACAAGACAUUCAAAAACAUGUCGUAAGAAAAAUACAGUUUGUAGAUUUAAUUUUCCAAGACCGCCAUCUAGUCGGACCUUCAUUACAAGAGAAACCAAUGCAGAUGAGUUAAAAGGCAAGGGUGAAGAUACAACAGCAAGUGCCAUCAUAAAGAAAGUGAAAACCGCUUUAAAUUCAGAUGUGAAUUUUGAUUCGGUUGAUGCCUUUUUUUCAUCUAUUGGGAUUAAUCAAACUAUGUUUGAAAAAGCAUACAACGAAUGUUCCAAAAAGAAAAGUAUUGUCUUAAAAAGAAAUCCAAAAGAUGUUUGGGUAAAUCAGUAUAACAGAGAUUUAAUGCGUGCUUGGCAAGGCAAUAUGGAUAUUCAGUAUGUUACAGAUGCUUUUUCUGUAGUGGUCUACAUACUAAGUUACAUUACAAAAGCAGAACAAGAAAUGGGACUCCUGCUUCAACGUGCGCAAAAUGAAGCGAUGAAUGGAAAUCUUGAAGUUAAAGAAUCAUUAAAACAGUUGGGAAGUAUCUAUCUUCACAACAGAGAAAUUUCAGCUCAAGAGGCAGUGUACAGGCUGACAGGCAUGCAUUUGAAGGAAUGUUCCCGUAAAGUACAAUUUAUUCCAAUAGGACAAAACCCUGUAAAGAUGAGUUUGCCUUUGCAUAUACUCCAAAACAAAAUGGAAAAUGACCAGUCUGAUGAUGAAAGUUAUUUGUGGAUGACAAGCGUCACUGACAGGUACAAGAACAGACCAGAGAAAGAACCUCUGGAAAAUCUAUGUCUUGCCAGUUUUUGUUCGGAGUACAGAGUUCUGACAAAAUCAGAGGUUUCCUCACAAAAAAAAACAGCAGAAAAUGAAAUAAUUAAACUCAAUAACAAUAACGGUCAUGUAAAACGGAGGACACGGACUGAACCUGCAGUAGUGAGGUAUCCAAGAUUUUCUCCCACGAAAGAUCCAGAAAAAUAUUAUCAUUCAUUAUUGCAGCUUUUCUUUCCACAUUAUGAUGAGUCUGAUCUGAAGCCUAGCAAGUAUGACACAUAUGAGGAGUUUUACAACAGCGGUGUCAUAAAAAUGGGUUCUGAAGUGAAACAAGUCAAAUUGAUUGUUGACGGCAACAGAGCAUUGUUUGAAAAGGAAAGUGACAAAAUAGACAGAGCUAAACAGCUUUUGGAACAGGAUAUUGAUUUGGAAGAUGCUUGGGCCCAGAUUUGUCCUGAAUCCGAAAAACAGCGUGAUGAAUGCAUCGAACUGAUGAAGGAUAAACUAUUGCUCGAUGAAGAUGACAGUCAAGAACUUAUUCCAGAUCUUACAGCAAACCCUCAAACUGUGUGUACCAUUGAAACAAACCACACUACAAUGCCUAGAGAGGAGGCACUGCAUUUACUAAGGUCAUUAAACGAGGAACAAUCUGCUGUGUUCUACAAAGUACGGAAAUGGUGUUUACAGAAAUUACUAGGACAAAACCCAGAACCAUUUCGAUUAUUUCUUACUGGUGGAGCAGGUACAGGAAAAAGUCAUCUAAUUAAAGCAAUACAAUAUGAAUCUUGCAGACUAUUAUCUCAACUUUCUGAGAAUCCUGAUGACAUUACUGUACUUUUGACAGCUUCAACCGGAGUUGCUAGCUUUAACAUUGGAGGGGGAACUAUACAUAAUAAACUUUCAAUUGGUGCAAAUGUCCGACUGCCAUAUCAGCCUCUCAGCGAUGACAAAAUAAACUCGUUGCGUACAAAAUUGGGUACUUUGCAAAUUUUGAUUAUUGAUGAAGUGUCCAUGGUUGACCAUCGUCUUUUGUCAUACAUUCAUGGAAGGCUGCGACAAAUAAAACAAACUGGUGACUACUCUCUCUUUGGGAAAGUCAGUAUUCUUUGUGUUGGGGAUUUCUAUCAACUUCCUCCCGUAAAAGGAACUGCUCUCUAUGCUGAUACAAAGGGAGUGAACCUAUGGGAAAAUAACUUUGAACUUGCUGAAUUAACUAAAGUUGUUCGACAACAAGAUUCAAGUUUUGCUGAAAUGUUAAAUCGGCUCAGAGUACGUAAGAAAAAUGAAUGUCUUACCACCAAUGACAUUGGUAUGUUGAAAAAAUGUGAAUCAGGAGAGAAGUGUAAUGAUAUUCACAUAUUUGCUACAAACGCUGAAGUUGAUAAAUAUAACAUUGAAAGGCUACAUGAAUGUUGCCCAGAGGCAAUUAGUAUAAACGCUCAAGAUUACGUCAAAAACUCAAAAACUGGACGAAUGGAGCGUAAAGUUGGAUUUCAUGCAAAAGUUUUCAACUCAUCUUUGUCUAAAUGUGUUUCCCUGGGUAUUGGAGCAAGAGUUAUGCUGAAAAAAAAUAUUGAGGUUGCUGAUGGUCUUGUCAAUGGAGCGUUUGGCACAGUUGUCCACAUAAGUGAAAGUCAAAGCAAUGAUAAUGAUUUCCCAUCAGCUAUACACGUGGAGUUUGAUGAUCCAAAUGUCGGUAAAAUUCAGAGAUCAAAAACACGCCAUAGAUUUUCCCAAAAUUCAACAGUAAUUGAAGUACAAGAAGAUCAAGUCACAAAUGAUGGUGGUAUAAGGCGUCAGUUUCCUCUCAGAUUGGCAUGGGCAUGCACAGUUCAUAAAGUGCAAGGACUCACAGUAGACAGAGCUGUUGUAUCACUUAAGAAAAUCUUUACAGCAGGGCAAGCAUAUGUUGCAUUGAGCAGAGUAAGAUCUCUCAGUGGCUUAAUAAUUGAGGACUUUAAAGAGUCUGCCAUAUUUUGUAAUGAUAAAAUUGAGUUGGCUAUGAAAGAUAUGCCAAAAUUGUCAAUGGAAAAGGACAGUUUCACUGAAUCACUUGUCUUGCUCUAG